AUGUCUUCCUUUGUUAAAAACGAUCGUUUCCCGCCUAUCAAGUUAUCCACGUCAAACGAUGUCUCAAGCGAUGAGCGAAUUACCGCGAUCGAUUUUGUCAACCGCCACAACUAUGUCUUUGAGGAGUUCAACCCCGACGAUAUGCUCUCUACUUUCCUUCCAAACGGUGUGGUCUAUCACAGCCAUGGCACUGUCAGAGGCCACGCGGAGAUGAGAGAGUUCCUCGAAAACCACUAUGCGUUCUUCAUUCAUGGCAUUAGCCGCAGUGCUACCAACCAUGUUGUUGACCGUGACGAAGAAGGUGUAAUGGUCAGGUACCAUGAAUGCCUGAUCAGAUAUGGUUGGGCCGACGAUGAUGCGAAGAUCCUUGCUGGUCAUGAUGUGAUCAGAAAUGACGGGUUGCCGGCGAUAUGGUGGUCUGGUCCUAUGAUUGAUCGGUUGCGGAUGACAGAUGAUGGCUGGAAAAUUUUUGAGCGAUACCUUGGAGCUCCGGUCAGAAAUGGAAAUCUUGAUCCCCUGUCUGAAGAUACUGUGAUCAAGCGAUGA